AUGCAGCCUGACAGGAUAAUCGUGGGGUGGUGCUUCUGGUGGCUGGUUUGCACCGCAUCGGUGACGCUCGGGGCUCUGCGGGACAAGGAGCUCGGCGAUGGCAGGCCGUCAUCGUGCGACGUGGUCUUCCACAGCGACACAACCAAGGCGGGCCUCGUCACGUCGCCCGGUUAUCCAAGCUCGUAUCCACCGAGGACGAGGUGCAGGUACGAAUUCCAGGGCCGGGGCAAGGAGAGGAUACAGAUCGUCUUCCAGGACUUUGACAUCCAUCGCUCGCCCGACGUCACGAAAGAAUGCGAGUCGACGGACGCGCUGGUGGCUUACGUGUCGAUAGAGAGCAAAAUGGAGAAGAUCGACUCGUUUUGCGGCGAAUCACCGCCGAGGCCGCUCAUGAGCAACGGACCCCGACUACUCCUCGAGUUCCAAGGCAUAACGUCCUCGCGCCACGUCCGAGGCUUCAAGGCCACGUACUCCUUCACGGAGAAUUUUGGGAUAACAACAGGCAAACAGGAGCCAUCGUACCCCUGCGCCUUUGUGUUCAAUAGCAACGAGACCCUGAACGGGACCUUCACUUCACCGAAUUAUCCGGGAUACUAUCCGCGGGACACGGAGUGCCAUUACUUCUUCAACGGGUUGGCCAAGGAACGGGUGCACAUCCACUUCUACUUCUUCGACGUCGAGGGAGUUCUGCCAUGCGAGGCAGUGACGGCGAGCGACUUUGUCGAGUUCUCGAACUACAUGACGCGCGACCGCAAGUACUCGCGCCACUGCGGCCAACUGGCCGAGUUCGACGUCGCCUCCGAUCGGUCCUUCUUUCGCGUCACCUUCAAGAGCAACGAUCGACUCGACGGCACGGGCUUCAACGCCAGCUACGUCUUCGUCAACGAGGAGGACAACUACACCCUCAAGACCCCCGUCGGGGCAGCUGGUCCCGUCGCUACGUCUGGCUGUUGGCUGCUAAUGCUGAUCCUGCUCGCGCUACUUACGAGCCACCAUCAUCAUCAGCAUCAGCAAUAGGACCGAUCGGCUGCUUGGAAGGGGCAAACUGCCCGAGUUGUGCGGUGGGAAAAGAAGCAGCCGGGGAGCAAGAAGUGACUUUUGGACCCGCUGCUUCGCCGGGAGGAAGAAGAAGGUGCGCGCCGAGCGUUUGUACAUAGUACGCGAGUGUGAACGGGAAAGGGGCGAUGGCGAGUUUUUCGCUGCUUUGGCGCCGAGUUGCGAGAAUGGCUGUUGUUGUUGUUGUUGUUGUUGUUGUUGUUGGUGUUGGUGUCGUUGUUGUUUAUGGUUUCGACGUUUUGUCGCGGUGGAGCGGACGUGCAAGAAGCCGACGACGACCUCGAUCUUUCUUUUUUUUGUCUUGGGUUCAAAGUUUGGAUGAAUGAUGACGACUUCGUUUGUAGAUGCUUAGAUUACUGACGAGCCAUUUGUGUUUUUUUUUCUUCGUUGGGGGGUGUCGUGAAAUUUCGACUAUUUUCCCCGCGAUUAGGAGUUUUUGGAAGUUUAACGGAGAGCGUGUUGAGUACCGUACGAUUCGAGAAUUUUAUUUUUGAGAUGAAUAUUUUUUGGAUACGAAAAUAUUUACCUAUGGAUGUCGAUCUUCAUACAUGUAAUUGUCUUAUGAUUUUGCGGCGAGUCUAAUUACUGGUACUUUUUGAUUCGUUUCAUCGAUUAGGGUUGAAAUUGAGAAGGAGUAAGUAUUAGUUAGGAAAUUUUUAUAGGAGUACAUUCAUUUUUGUCGACCAUCAGAGACAUGGACAGUCACUGUUUGUGUAAAAAUAAACUGUAGUAUAAUCUUACAUAAGCGCGAA